UUCAUUUGAAAGUAACAAUUAAAGAUCCGAUAGUAUACUAAAGUCAGCAUAAGUUUUUCCUUCGAUAUUAGGAGUGGGGUGCAUAGUUGCAAGUGGUAACUACGUGGAGUGGGGGUAUACCUAUAUCAGUAAUAUAGUACGAUGCAUUUGGACGGAAUUAUACACAAAAAGUAGAGAAAUAUGUUAUGUUAUAUAUGUUAUACAGUAAGCUAAAGGAAUACCGACGUUUGAGCACAUUUCUCGUUUGUUUUGGAAUAAAGAGAGUUAUUUAUGAUUUCAAUCAAGUGUUUAAUAAUUAAUUAUUGUACAGACAAUGAUGGAGGAAAGUUUAGGAUCUUCUCCUUUGGAAGAUAAUUUGGAUAUAGGUCUAAGUUUCGGGGACGACAGUCAGAAGGCUGCGAAGAUGAAUCAAUCAUUUUUGUUAUUGAAGAAGAAAUUAUUCCGUUCUCAUGAUUUGAUCCAACAAUACAGCAAUAAAAUAAAAGAAUGCGAGAGUUUGCGAAGUGACGUUGAAUCAUGCCAACGAGAUUCCGAGAGAUUCAAACAGCAGCACCUGACAGCCACAGCCAAGAUCGUCAAGCUGAGCAUGGAGAACACAAAACUCCAAGAAGCUAAUAAAAGAUUGGAAAGCCUGAUAAACGAGCACGAAACACACAUAGCUGGGGAUCAGCGCCUCAUCCAGCAGCUUAGCUGCAAAGUCGAGGACAUUGAGGACCGCCAUUCCGAGAAAGUAAUGCAGUUGGAGCUCGAAAAAUCAGCUUUGCAGGGUAAACUCAAAGAGUUAGAACAGAAGAUGAGGAGAAUCAGCAAAGCCCAUGCGAGUGAUCUAAAAAAGCUGGAGAAAAAGGUCGACCCAAAAAGUUUAAACAAGAAACUGUUGAAAGUAUCUCCAUCCAAAUCCAGUAUAAUCACUGGCCUAAAGAUGAUUGACAAUGAAAAUCAACUCCCAGAGUCCUCAAAAUCUCCCGGAAUCUCAGAAGUUUCCACUGAAAUCUUUCCAGAAGAUAUUCCCCAAGAUCUAUCAGGGCCUCCUGAAUCUCAGUCAUCACACGAUGACACAAUUAUGGAACAGUCAGCGAAAGAGAUUAGAUUUGAAGAAGAUGAUGAAAUCAUAGAAAAAUCAAUGGGAGAAAUUGAAAUUUACAAUGAUUUUAAAGAUGAAAUCGUUAAAAAAUCAUUGGAAAAAUUUGCGGUUAACGGAGGCGAUAAAAUAAUUGAAAAAUCAAUGGCAGAGAUGGAAGCUGACAAACCCGAGAAAAUCAUCCAAAAAUCAGUAAGAGAAAUGGGAAUAAACGUAGAUAUUUCCCUCUUCCCUCCAAAACCAGUGACAAUCGACAGGAACAUCAUGACGGAUGAGUUCUACAGUUUCAAAGACAAUCCUUACCCUCUGUUCUGCGAAAAAUGCCAGCAGUUGUUGGAUAAAUCCCCAGACGAUGUUAUUUGUAAAGCUAUGAGACUCCCCCCUCAUGUCCCUGCGCCUCCUCCAUCACCUGCCAGACCUGUGACGACAAGGCGAUAUUCAGAGGAAGGGCAACCAACCUAUCCUGUCAUCCUGGACAGCCUCCAGAGAAGAGUUAAGCUCCUGGAAAAGCGGAUAAAACGUCAAAAAAAGUUGGAAACUUCCCAGCAAUUGUCGUGCUGCAAUCAUUCACAGUCAGUUUCUCACUGUGGACAUAGUAAUUCGUUAAGUCACUCCUCCCAGUUGGACCUGAUGACACAACUCUUGGGUAGAAUAAUGCAUUUGCCAGGAUCCAGGAGCCCAGAGAAAUUUUUGUCCAUGAGAAUGAAGAGAAAAACUCACAGAACAAAAAUGUAUUUGAAUGACUGGGAUGUAGAGUCCCAGGAACGUACCGUGCGUGGUGUUAAAGAUUUAUCGUCAAAAUCUCGGGCAUCAUCAUCUCGGGAAUCAUUCGAAAAUCUCCGACAGGAUUGCAAUCCAGAGGAUACCUUCUUCGAUUCAAUGUCUUCUGCCGGAGUAGCUAAAAGAAAAAAAGAAAUUCUCAGGGGAAUUGAUGAAUCAGGAGAGAAUCCCUGCAACUCUUCUCCACAGAAAAUCAAUCGUGGAAGGCGAAAAGCUGCAAAGACAACUGAGGAAUUGAAAGCUCUCCAUCCAGAAAAAUAUCCAGGGCAGAUAUCCCCCGAUGUCGAAAUGAACUUCUUCGAGAAUAACUCUGCCCCCUCAACGUGUCAAAAAAGAAGGCAUCCAGAAUCAUCAGGUUCAGUACUUGAUGAUACUGUUGCCAAGAGGAGAAAACUAGCGGACGACCCACCAAAGACAGUUAGCGUUCGAUCGAAUUUGUUGAAGAACUUGAAACGAUUGAAGAAGAAUAACACGGCAGUCAAAACCAUCUCCGGAGUUGCAACUAUCAAGAACACUGACACUACCAGUCCUACUGAUGUCUUGGGAAAUAAAAAACGAAUUGCUCAUGUUCCCAGACAACCACAAGUGCCCUCUAUAACCAAACCAAGUACUGACAUUGAUGAGGCGAAUUCCGAAAAUAUUUUUAAUAAUCUAGGAGAAAAGAGGAUUACUCGAUCAUUGAGAAAGUCGUCAGACGACAAAACUAGGAAAAAUAUUGAGCAGCUGAACUCUUCGCAAGAAGACACCAUCAAUAACGAUUCAAUCACCUCACAUUUAACUUCCGUUUUUCGAGAUGAAAUACUUCCCGCUGUAAAAAAUUUAGAAAUGAGUGACGAAGAAACGGAGAUGAUCAUCGAUGACGCUGCAGCAUCUCUACCACCAGUGCCCCCAUCAUCUCCAACGGGAGAAUCCUUAGAAAUCCCUUCAGAAGUCAGAGAAAUCCCCUCGAUUUACGAAACUGCAACAGUAUCAGAUUCCUCUGAUAGCGAGCGCCCGGAUAAUGUAAACUCUUCCAACUUUAUAAGAGAAUUACGAAAUCGACAGAUUCACGUGAGUCCAACAAAACCAAAAUCCAUUCUUUCACACCCAAAAGAACCUCUUGAAUCCCCAGCCUCUUCACUAGAGACUUCAUCAUCACUUGCACCCUCUCUGGACCCACCAAGCCAACUCAUUCCCCAGAAAUUAAAAAAAAUCGAGGAUCUUCUGGACAAUUACCUCGCCACAACGAAAAAACGUCCUGGGAGAAAACCAAGAGUCAACGAAGUAGCAAAAGGGCUCCACUCCAAAGCAGAACAUCUGAUAAAACAGGAGCUGAAGAGACUGAUCGAAUCCCCGGACUGGAACGACGUUCACUUGAGUGUCUCUCUCACUCUCCUCAACACGAAGAGCCCUCGAACAGUGGCAAAGACUCUCAUCGACUUCUUGGUGGAACGAUCAGAUGUUAUCGAGCCCCUGGAUCUGACCUACACCCCUCCAGCCCCUCCCAUGACGAAGAGCCUCCAGAGGAUCGUCACUCUGCUGAUAGAUCUCAACCGUGAAAUGCCAGGAUUGACAGACUUGGUAUUACAGGGAAUUGACUUCACCCUCUUCAGAUUGAAUGCCAGUCCCUCUUGGGAAGCAGUUGGUGAGCUUUCGAAAUUGUUCACUAUACUCGUGAGGAUCAGGAAAGAUCGUGAACGAGUCAGGAUCAUGUGCUGCGACGCUAUUUACGGUCUCCAGAAGAAGAGUUUAAUUGUUCUCCACGCAGUCCUGACUUGCUGGCCUGAGGUCCUACCAAUGUAUGAUGCUGGGAAGAAUCAGUACUUGCCUAUUACUAUUGUUCACAUUGUGAGGACACACUCGGUGGACGAUAAUGCCAAGUGUGAGCAACUGAAGAAACUCAUCAAGGGGUUCUUCAAAUAUCCUCAGAACGAGUCCUCUGCGGUACUGGGAAAAAAAUUGCUAGAUAUUCUUGCAAGUGAUUCUAAUAAGAAUGUAGAGUGUGGAAUUCUACUGCUAUCGAAGAAAGAGGGAAGUGAGUGGACCAACAAGAAUAUUAUCCAAGGGGGACUCAUGAGGAUGAUUGUGGAGGGUAACUCCUCGGAGGUUUAUCAACUCCUCAAGCUCCUUGGAUUCCUCAUGAGGCCCUUUCCAGUACCGGAUAAAGAAGGAACUGUUAAGAGGAUUGUAGAACAACUCAAGGCUCUUGUUGCGUCCGAUGCCGGCUCUCCUGACCUUCAGGAAGGUGCUAUUUCUGCACUGGUGAGCCUGUCUCGUCACAGAUUCGAUGACAUUGCUGCUUCUGUUUUGAAUUGGCAGCCCAUUCGAGCGUUACCCACCUUUCUGCAUGAACAGAUGAAUGCGUUCUUCGCUGCUCGUACCACCCAUUGGAGUUAUAUUAAAGCUAAGAAUCGGAAAUAUGCGGGAGGCCCGUGAGUUUAUGGGGAUGUGAAGUGGAAUCGUCGGGUUUUAUCGAGAGGAACGAAUUAUUUGAAAUUCCACCGAUCGAUCGAAUUAACACUUAUCCGCUAAGAAAUGUUCAUUUUAUUGAUAAAUUAAAUAUUAAUUAAUCAUUAAUACCCCAUGCACUUGAAUUUAUUUACUGUAUUCGUCUGGAAAGAUAUAUCAUCAACUAAUUUAUCAAGAUUGAAUGAGUUAAUGAAUUUACGAAUGAAUGAAGUUAAAAAAAAAAUCAUUAUUUUAUAAUAAAUGAAUGGAUCUUUUUCAAUCUUUUUCAUGUAAAGAGCCUCUCUGAAUUAUUCAAAAUCGAUUGUUCGCCCCUUGAGUGAAAUAAAAUGAGCAAUGGAAUAUUGUCGUCAAUUCCCCGAAAGAUUCCUUCACCUUCUCAUGCAUCUUCCGGGUUUUAAUGGAACAUCCGAUGAAUAUUCAAAUCUCCGUUCAUGGUCUAUCGCGCAGACCAUAAUUAUAGGAUCUCUGGGUUCAUCGAACCCGAUAUGAACUCGAAAACAAACAGAAAUGGAAAAAAUAAAGAAACAUUUCCUUUUCACGGACCCAACAGCUCUCAGGAUUCCACACAUAAUUUAAUCAAUAAAUAAAUAAAUAAAUAAAUAAAUAAAUAAAUAAAUAAUGGGAAUGAUGUUCCGCAAUCGAAAAAAUGUCGAUGCACGAUUCAUUACUUGUGUUUGCUAUUUUUUAAAUAAAAAAAUUUGGUAGACAAGAUACAGGCGAUUUUUGUUUUUCAAUUUCUUGAAUAGUAAUAAUGAAUGAAUAAUGAUAUAAUAAGAAUAAUAUUUUCAACAUACUCGUAAGCCUUCCAUACGCAGAGCAUGCUAGGGUAAUACAAUGGUACUAUUACAUAGUUCUCGUUGGUAUCUCAAAUUAGUCUGCAUUUGAAAAUUUGUUCAUAUUUUUCAACUCCCACGAAUUGAGUAAUUUGCCUCUUUAUUACAAAAAUAAUGAAUAAUAAACAUUACCCAAUGCGGUAAUAACUUGACCAUCUAUUUUCCGAUGUUAAGUGCUCCCAAA